CCUGUGCCGCCGCCGCCCGGACUGAGGCUCAUCCCGGGUAGCGUUUGUGCGGUCUCGCCCGCGCCGCGGAGAGCAUACCGGUGUGACUGACUAGCCCUCUGAGGGUGCGGGGACUCACUGUCUCCAUUCAGCACCCCCUGGUUGGCGGCCUGGAACCGCGUCUGCCCGACGCCGCGCCCCUCUUCCGAAGCUUCCCCUCCCGGCGGGCCGGCGGCGGGCCGGCCCUUCCCGGGCGGCGCUGCUGCCACCGACCGCCUCAGAGACAGAUGUUGGAGAUUAGAAGCAAAAUAAAUGUCAGUGGAAAAGGAGAACUACCAUCACUAAGGGCUGAACACAGAGUGAAAUCAUUUUCAGAGGUAAAAGACUGUUAAGAAUACAAGAUGGGGACUCCUGGUUCUGGAAGGAAAAGAACACCCAUGAAAGAUCGAUUUUCUGCAGAAGAUGAAGCUUUGAGUAACAUUGCCAGAGAGGCGGAGGCAAGGCUAGCAGCAAAACGGGCUGCCCGAGCAGAAGCAAGAGAUAUACGUAUGAGAGAACUGGAACGACAACAAAAAGAGACCUCUCAUCCUUCCUUUGACCGGAAAUGGGGGCAGAUUCAGAAGUGGCUGGAAGAAUCGGAAAGGGCCAGGUAUUCCCACCGGUCUAGUCAUCAUCGUCCUUAUCUGGGAGUUCAGGAUACAUUGUCCAUUCGAAGUCUUGGCAGCCACUGGUAUGAUAAUCUCAAGGAUAGAUCAAGAGUUUCAUCAUUUAAUCAUUCCUCUUACAGUUCCUCUUAUGGGAAGAAGAGAUAUUCUGGUUCACCUAAAGACCCAUUGAGUGGCCUCUACUAUGACCAGAGAAACUAUAGCAGUCUUAAACGUAGUAAACCUACCUCUACCUACUUCACUCGGCAAUCUUCUUCCUUGUACAGUGAUCCUUUGGCGACAUCUAAGAGUAACAGGGCUUCCCCAACUACAAAUUCUGGUCUGCUGAGAAGUACCAGUCUGGCGUCAUUGUAUGAUGGUGGAUUAUAUAAACCUUAUGGUUCUCGAACUCCAUCUGAAUACAGUUAUUAUUCAUCAAGAACAAGUUCAGCACGAAGCAGUCCUGUGUUUAUCGAUGAUGACACCGAAAGCAUUGUGUCUUCUGAUCGUGCCAGCCAUGGGCGAAGGGAGAGUGUGGUUUCUGCUGCUGACUAUUUUAGUCGUUCGAAUCGUAGGGGGAGUGUUGUCUCUGAGGUGGAUGAUGCCAGUAUCCCAGACUUGACCAGUUUGGAUGAAAAAUCUGACAAACAGUAUGCUGAAAAUUACACAAGGCCAUCAUCUCGAAAUUCUGCCUCAGCAACAACCCCGCUAAGUGGAAAUUCAUCCAGACGAGGAAGUGGGGAUACCAGCAGCUUAAUAGACCCAGACACCUCAUUAAGUGAAUUGCGGGAUAUCUAUGACCUGAAGGACCAGAUACAGGAUGUAGAAGGGAGAUACAUGCAGGGGCUUAAAGAAUUAAAGGAGUCCUUGUCUGAAGUGGAAGAGAAAUACAAGAAAGCCAUGGUUUCUAAUGCACAGUUGGACAAUGAAAAGAACAAUCUGAUCUACCAGGUAGACACCCUCAAGGAUGUUAUUGAAGAACAAGAGGAACAGAUGGCAGAAUUUUAUAGAGAAAAUGAGGAAAAAUCAAAGGAGUUGGAAAGGCAGAAACACAUGUGUAGUGUGCUGCAGCACAAGAUGGAUGAACUUAAAGAAGGCCUUCGGCAAAGAGACGAACUUAUUGAGGAGAAUCAGCAUAUGCAGCAGAAAAUAGACACCAUGACAAAAGAGGUGUUUGACCUCCAGGAGACACUUCUUUGGAAAGAUAAAAAAAUUGGGGCCCUAGAGAAACAGAGAGAACAUAUUGCCUGCCUUAGGAAUGAGCGAGAUGUGCUUAGAGAGGAGCUUGCUGACUUGCAGAAGACAGCGAAUACAACAGAGAAACAUGGCUUAGUUAUAAUCCCUGAUGGUACUCCCAAUGGUGAUGUUAAUCAUGAACCCAUGGUUGGAGCCAUUGCUGUUGUUUCUCAGGAAGCUGCACAGGUCUUGGAAUCAGCAGGAGAAGGACCACUAGAUGUAAGGCUACGAAAACUUGCUGGAGAAAAGGAAGAGUUACUAUCACAGGAAUAUGAACUUGUAAUUCUUUUUGUAGCUGCUUCAAGAAAAUUCAAGACUGGAGCUUUUAACAGAUUAUCAUAUUUACAGAUUAACCGUCUUGAAGGCCAGGUGCUAAGAUAUAAAACUGCUGCUGAGAAUGCUGAGAAAGUUGAAGAUGAGCUCAAAGCAGAAAAGAGGAAGCUACAACGAGAGUUACGAACAGCACUGGACAAGAUUGAGGAGAUGGAGAUGACUAAUAGCCAUUUGGCCAAGAGGCUGGAGAAGAUGAAGGCCAACAGGACAGCACUUCUGGCCCAGCAGUAGAGAAGCUACUCUUCAAACUGGGUGUUGCUCUGAGAGCUCUGCCCAGAAGGACUUUUUGUAUAUUGACACAAACCGACACAAACCCCUUUCAGUACUGUUUUGAGUCAUUAUUAAAACAGCCACCUGUAUUUUAUAAUUUAUGGGAGUGAAGCAGGUUUGAAUCUUCAUGAAUUAUUACUCUGGAUUUUGUUUAUAGCUUGAUUCUAGACUCAAGAAAUUGUGCUGUUUUUAUUUCCAUAAUUUCUGAAAAUCAAGUAUAGUCAUCAUUUUUCCCCAGCUGCCUCAGACUGAACACUGUAGGACAGCGAUUCUGAGCUCACUGACACUUGCUGGAGUUAUCACAAAACACAAGUGCCUUCUCCACAGUACAGUUCAGACUUCAGGAUCUCGAGUAGGCAAAAGAUAUUUACUCUUCCUAUCAGAUAGCAUUUAUAUUUUAGUGAGGAAGUAAGUUCACAGGUUGGGAGUCUGUAUUUCAAUGUUUGGAGGAAAAAGCCUUUGUAAAAUAUUUAAAUUUAUAUGAGAAAAUGAUAGGAAAAAUGGGGAGUGUAUAUAAAACUUGCUUUAUUGCAUGGGGCAAGGGGAGUAUAAGGCCUGUAUUCUUAAAGAAUAGGGUCUUUAUUCUUCCAAAUCAACUGUGCUGUACCUUGUAAAGUAUUUUCAUCUGCUGCUUAUUGGUGGAAUGAAGCUUCAAACAAAUCCAAAAUGGGGAGGGAGGGCAGAGCAAGCAGGAGGGGAAUCUCCCAAAGAUUCUAUUAAAUACAACCUUCUGCCCAAACAACUGCCUACUGACAUGUUCAUUUUGAUACAGAACAAACUGUGGUCACCAUAUCCAUCUUGCCUUUUUUUUUUUUCCUUUUUCCUCCUCAAGGACAAAUAAUCUGGAAUACAGAUUUCUUAAGUCUGAUUUUCAUCAUUAAAGUUCAAGUUGCUUAAAAUCAAGUGUAGCCACUUUGCAGCAGUUGGGACUCUUGUCAGAAUCGAUCCUGUAGAAAUGGAAAUGAUUACACUAGCUUCAAAGUGUUCAUGCAGAAAAUAUACUGGGAAAAAAAUCUAAUGAAUAAAGGCCAUAUAUACUUGAAACUAGAUAAUAAAGUUAACCAAGAAGUGAGUAAAAUCUCUAAUAGUUG